UAUGUGCAGUAGCAUCAUGGCAGCUGUAGAUUUAAACACGAAGCGUUGCUGACCAAAACCACGAACCUUAACUUCUUUCUUGGGGCUGCGAACUCCUGUUUGCAACAUACUGAUCGCUCAAAUAUGCCUCCUAGACGAGCUCGCGUGCCUGCAACUGUUGAAGCUCGUCUUAACCAGGAGCUGCGAUAUAUUUCUGGUCUGCGCGAGGACGCUGUGGCAGAUCCAGACCGGGUCAAUGCCCUGGCUGAUGCGAUGCGUGAAGCUGGCAGAGAUUUGGACUUAAUAGGCAGCACGGAAAUCCUGGGCGGCAUUGUGGCUGCACAUGGCUGGGCCGCACGCGCGCUCGCCACCGACGUGUUGAGUAUCCCAGCCAACGUUACGCUUGAAGUGACGGUAUCAGUCCUAGAUCAACAGCUCAGAAGCCGGCAGGGCAACCCAGCUGGCGACCAGCUGGCCCGGGCCCUGCUGAGGGCGGACACGCUGGCCGUGUACGCGAGACUGUUGGCGCAGACGCUCGCGCCCACCCGCGCGGCGGCCGCCCGCCGCAGCCGCAUGCCGCCGCACCGAAUCAAGACGUUGCUGGUCAUGCAUGUGCUCCUGAACCUCUGUGUGGUGGCCGGGUGCGUGGGCAAGAGCUCGGACUGGGGUCUGAAGCAGGAGCUGGUCACGGCGCUGGCGCACACGCAGCUGCUUGAGCACGCCGCCCGAGCGCUGCUGCACGUCGCGCAGGCCACCCCAGCAGCAUCAAGCACAGCAGCAACUGGAACAGCUACGGCGACAGGGCCGACAGAUGAGGACUGGGCGUGCGUGUCUCAAACAGCGUACAUCCUGUUUAACACAGUGACGUACUUGACCGAGGAUCCGAACAUCGUCUCGUUGUGCCCGCGGCCCCGGGAGAAUGAUACACAGUACGAUGCCACGCAAACGCCGGAGAAGGUCCGCCUGUUGGAGCAGCUGCGGCCGCUGCUGGCCGGCCGCUGCGUGCAGGUCGUGCUGGCGUGGGCGGGCCUGUGCGCGGUCGUGACCGCACAGCAGCGGGCUGGCGGCGGCGGCAGCGGUAAAGAGGGCGCGGCACCUGCCCGGUCGCAACUGGGUUACGGGCUGCCGCCGGAGCUGAUGCGGCCUCUGCAGCCGCUGCAACAGGUCGAGACGCCAAACGAGAGCUCACAUAUGGCAGCAGUUGCAGCCGAGACGCUCGCUGCCGUGUUGCAGGCAACGGUCAGCGGCCCCUGCGACCUGGCCAUCGCUCAGCCGCCCCUGGGCUACGACCGCCUGCCGCACAGGCAGCCGCAGCCGCAGCGACCAUCGGCGGGGCCAUCGGCAGCAGGGUCAGCAGCACCGGAGGGGCCAGCGGCAGUUCCGUACAGCGCCGUACACGCGUACGGUCUGCUGAAGGAAGUCUGGUACGGGCUCGCCUGCGAUAGCAGCAAACACAUGGGCAACUUGUGCACGGCCACCACGGUAAUGGCCCGGCUGCUGACAGAGAUGCGGCCGCGGCAGGCGGCGGUGCUGCUGCCGGGCUGGUGGCGGCUGCUGGCGCAGAAGCCGUCUAUGCUGGCUCACCGCAAGCGGGUAGCGCAGGACGCAGGGGAGCUGCUGCGGCUGCAACUGAAUGCGCCACCGCCGGCCGCGUGGGCUGCUGGGGUGACGGAUGCAGCUUCCGUGGCUGCGGCGAGUGUGGACUGGCCGCCGGAACCAGUGGAGGUUCAAAGCACGGAGGCGGCGAUAGCAGCGAAGGCAGCAGCCAGCCUGGCGCGCGGGAGGGACCCAAGCUACAGCCUCCGCUGUGCGCUGGACGCGGGGCUGCUGUCAGCUAUGGAGCGGUGCCUUCGCGCGCCACAGGCCUGGCGGCAAGCUGACAGCGCAAGCAAUCUGCUGUACGUCGUGAACUGCGCGCUGCGCUACUCGGGCGUGUGGCCCGCGGUGCUGGCUCGGGGUCUCUUGCAGCAGGCGGUGUCGCUGAUUGCCACGAUGGGCGCAGCAGCUCGGCUGUUGGAGGCGACUGACACGUUGGUCGACAUGAUUGCACUCGCCUCUCAGCCAGGAACAGGGAUAAUUGCGCAGCGCAGCGCCUGGGGCUAUCUGUGUACCUACCUUGCCGCAAUGCUGGAGCAGGUCGCGGACGUGCGGGCGCUGCGCGAAAACGCACAGCAGCAGCAGCGGGAGGGGCAGCAGGAGCAGGGGCGUCCGGAGCAGCAACCGUUGCAGCAGGCACACACUGAUGCCGCCGCCAUUGAUGCUACGGCCGCAAGUUCCACCCCACUGCACCUCAACUCGGUGCUGGAGCAGGUAGUGGAUUCGAAGGACGGCAGUGUCAAGCCCUCCACGUGCUCCAUCGCCUGGAUGGCGGCGGCGGGCGGCCUGCCAGCUGCCGGCUCCGCGGCGGACCGGCAGCAGAGGCUACUCGCCAGCUUUGCAGUGUACCAGUGGCUGCCUACGUUGGCAAAGGCAACGGAGGAUGCCUUGAGGGCCUCGAUAGCGGCCGCAAAGCGCGGCGUGGCCACCGAGCGCAGGCUUUCGCAGGCGCUCCUGGUGGGGCGCCUGCUGGUGGAUGUGCUCUGGCACAGGGAGUGCACAUGGGCUGAGGCCGACGGCGGUGCUGGAGGAGGAGACGGUGGGGAGGCACGUGGCACGUCGCCGGAGGGGGCGUGGUGGGCGGGCGUGACGCCAACUAUGCAGCUUGCGGACGGCAUGAGCGGAAUCGCGUACUUCUUCGCGGCAGCCGCAGUGGAGCCACUGCUCAAGCACUGCCAUGCGUGCGUGCAGACGGCCGUGCUGGACCUACUCCAGUCGUACUGGACACUCUUUGAGCAUAUGGCGCGCGCGGCAACACAAUCAUGGGCGAAGAGCACGGCAAGGCGGCAGCAGCAGCUACAGCAGCAGCAGCAGCCGCCACCGCCCGAGCUGGUGCUGCAGUGCUUGGCGCCGCUGCCGGUGCAGCAGCUGGCGGCGGCGCACGGGCGGCAGGACAUUGUGGAUUACCUGGACGCGCUAGCGGAGGGUGUGAGAGAAGUAUUCAUGAAGGAGUGCGGUGAUGCUGUAGCCGGGGAAAGCAGCGCAGAGGCACAAGGGCCCGCCAGCAUGGAGGGCGGCGUGUCGCAUGCUAGCGCCACCGAAGAAGUAGUGUUGGGUGAAUGGUAUGCGACCGUGCAGCCGUGGUACCCGUGGCUGCUGUCUGAAGGCCAGGUACAGGCGGGGCUGCAUGACCUGAUGGUCGCAGAGGCGGCGGCCGCAACGGCAGUGACUGCGACGGGCGAGCCCUCAGCAGCCUGCGGCGGCGAGGACGGCAGUGGUGGUCGCAGUGGCAGCAGCAGCAAUACCACUAGCGGUGGCAGACAGGGCAGCAGCAGCGGUGGGCCGGUGUUUGAGCACAAGCUGUGCUGCAACCCGCACUGCUGCUCGCUGGACGGCCCCAGCGCGUUGAUACCAUCUCGCAGCGGCAAGACGUGUGUGCGGUGCCGUGCUGCCACUUACUGCUGCGGCGCUUGCCAGCUGGCGGACUGGCGUGAGCGGCACUCUGGCACCUGCAGUGGAGCCGCCGCGGUGGCGGCAGGCGGGGCAGCUAAGGCAGGGGCAGAGAAGGCAUGAGCUGCAACGACGUCAGUAGUGCCGGGUGACGUGUCAAACAAGUACUGGAUGCGGGCCGGGGCUGUGGGGCAGGAGGAAGCUUUGAAGAGUGCACACGGUGGCAUAGCGUAUGACAACACAGAACGUGUAUGUUGUUUGCGACUGCUGUGUUGGUAGGCACUCCCUGCACGUGAUAAGAUUGGGACCUUGGGUUAGUUGGUGCGAGAAGCCUGAUCCAUUGUGGCCAGGCGUCCCCUGAUUGUACCGACAGGUAUCCGGAUGGGAAGCAUGAGCCCACGUGAGGGAACGUUUCAGUUUGUGGUAUGAGAGCUACUCCACCAAGAGUCGACACGUUCUGAAGUGCUGUGCAGCUUAGGUGGCGUAAUCUUGCGGCAGCCUGGCUAGCUGUCAAUGGACGGAAGGUGCGUGGCAUUACUGCACGCGACCAUUUGGUAGCGCCUGCUGAGACGGCGACACACAGUUGGUGAUAGUACUGGAAGGCAGACAGCCUCCACUUCCACAGUUAGCACCUGCACUACGGUAGACUGUUCCAAGAUGGCGACUGCAACUCCACAAGUGUGGUCGCAUGGAUGCACCGCGCGUUGGUCAUGACGAGACCCUGGUGACAUCUGCACGCACAAGGCAGCAGCGCAGGACCAACCGCGGGACCAACAGAAAGGGAAGGGCAGGAAGGCUGGAAGGGGAGCGAUGGUGGGACGGUCAGGGCACAACGACAGCCAACAGGCAAAUGGAGGGAAGGCCGGCAGCGUACGUGCGUGAAACAGUGUGCGGAAGCUUAAGAGUUAAACAACG